AUUGACGGAGGUCCGGUUACUGGGGAGGAGCAAACCAAAUGCUGGUGAAACAUGGCGGAAAGCUCUGGAGAGAGAGUCAAGUCCAAUAAAGAGAAAGGUCAGGAAAAAGAUGCAGUUGUAAAGCCAAAAACUGCAUUGGAAGGACCUCAAAAGAAAAGCACCAGUAUUAAACUGAAUAUUGGCCAAAAGAGAAAACAUGAGGUUGAAAAGAAAUCAGAUGUAGAACAGAAGCCUGUAAAAGUAUCAAGCAAAGUUUCUUCUGGUGUCUCAUUAGCAUUUGCCUCCAAGCCAGAAAAAGAGAAAACUGAGACAAAUGUGCAAGAAAAGAAGGGAUCAGUUGCAAAGGCUUUUGGAGAUGAUUCUGAUAGUGAGGAAGAAGAAAUGCCAAAAGAAGCUAGGAUGCGAAUGAGGAAUAUUGGAAGGGAAACCCCCACUUCAGCUGGUCCUAACUCAUUUAACAAAGGUAAACAAGGGUUUGUCAAUCGCAACAGAAUGUGGGACCGUGAAAUGAAGCCUAGAAUACAUUUGGAGAAACCCCCUGAAAAGUGAACACUAUUCUAUGCAGCAAUCAUUCCUGUCUUUGCAGACCAAGGGCUAGAUUGUUUUUAACAUGGUCUAUCAAGAUAACCCUUAAUGAAAGAUUAUGUGGAACUGGUCUUCACAGGUCUAUCUAAUAUAUUGCUGAUAUCAUGUAUUUAUAAACCAUUAGUUCCCUGUGAGUAGAACUUGAGCUUAGCAAGAAACACAAUUUGCAGAUGUAUAACUUUUCUUUUUAAACCGUCAAACCAUGGUAAUUUACGGUGAAUUUUUUAAUUUUUAAAAAGCUUUACUAAAAAGAUUUUUUCAUUGGAAGUUACAAUAAAUUUUUUACCUUUUUUUCAUUGUUCAACUGCUUUUAGCCUUAUCUGAUAUUAUGUUCAAUAGCUGUUAAGCCUCGUCUCAUAUCAUUUUGACUUUGAUGAAA